AUGAUGGGUGACUCUAUAUUAGAUGAUGAUGAUGAUUUCGAUAUUAAUGGUAUAUUUCCCACAUGUACAGAUGGUUUCGACUGGGAUAUACAUUCACGAAGAUCUCAAUUGGCCGAUGACUUCACAAAUUUGUGUAGUAACUUUUAUAAUAAAGAAAUGCCAGGAAAUCUUUCCACCCCUUUUUCUCAAGUAUGUCGUGUUCUUGGUUUAUAUUUAAAUCAUAUAGAAGGAAAUGUAGAAGACACUAAAAAAAAAGAUUGGUGCAUAUUAUUCUAUUAUAAACUGAAAAAAGAUAUAAUAAAUAAAUAUCCACUAAAAGAAUGUAAUAACAGUAAAGAAUACUAUAGGAAAAUGACAGAAGUGAAUAAUGCAAAAUAUGGUACAAGAAUUUCUAGUAUAUGUAUGGAAUAUUUUGUCAAUAUUGAUCAAGACACAUCUAAAUUAUUGGAAUAUCUAUUUGAAAUAUAUAACUGUAUUAAUGUUUUUAAAACAUAUCAAAAAAGGACCACUGAGAAUAUGCAUAAAUUUAAAAGGUAUAUACAAAAAUUAGAAGAGCAUCAUUAUAAAAAUAAAAUUCAACUUAAGUCAGAACUCGAAAAAAUUAUUAACAAAUGUGAAUUCUAUAUAAAAGAAUGGAAUUCUGAUACACAUUUUGCAAAGCAUGCCUCAGAUCUCCUAACUUUUGAUAAUUGGAUAGAAACAAGAAAAAGGAAACUAGAGGAAUUAGGUAAAAUAACUUUGAUGAAUUCUGGGACAUAUAAUCUAACAAAUACAGAAAUGCAGCAUACAAAAGUAAUAGGUUCCCCAGCUUUAAUGAGUUAUGCGACAGAUGAUGUAACAAACACAGGAAUAAGUAUUGGAACGCAUACCCCUUAUUUUAUAUUUUUAAAACCAAGGGUAAAGAAAUUAAGAAAAAAGUUGAUUAAAAAUAACAAAAAUAAUCGGGAAAUUAUGUAUUCAUUUGAUGUUGAAAACAAAAAUUCAGUUGAUGAUAGGUAUAAAAUAGCAUAUAGUUAA